CAAUCCGCUUUCCUCUCUUCUCUACUUCUGCAAAUCAAGUUGAAUUCAGUGUCCAAUAAGGUAUACUAGUAUUUUAUUUGAAUAGAAAAGCCGAAAUCAAUGUCGGUUUUGUCUGUCUUCAACGCCAGAAAAACCUUUCUGUAUUGAAAAGUUCCAUUAUCAGUUAUUACUCUAUGAUUAAUUAUGAAAAUCAGGAGCUAAUCAAAACCCUAAAAAAGAGAGAAUGAGUGGCAACGAAUUUCGAUUCUUCUUGUCUUGCGACAUCAAUCUUCCUGUUACCUUUCGCGUCGACAGAUUGGAAGGGACUUUGCCUUCCACCAAAUCUCCCAAUUCAGGAAUUGAUUCCACUACAGAGGAGAGGAAAGCGGAGCUCUAUGUGGAGUGUGCAUUGUACAUUGAUGGUGCUCCAUUUGGCCUUCCAACAAAAACAAGGUUGGAAUCUACAGGACCGUUGUAUUGCUGGAACGAACUCAUCACAUUGAGUACUAAAUAUCGAGACUUGACUGCACACUCGCAACUUGCUUUGACAGUUUGGGAUGUUUCAUGUGGGAAAGAUGAUGGAUUAAUUGGUGGGGCUACUAUUCUUUUAUUUAACAGCAAAGCGCAACUCAAAACGGGGAAACAGAAACUUAGGCUCUGGUUAGGAAAGCAAGCAGAUGGAUCAUUUCCUACGACUACUCCUGGAAAGGUCCCCAGGCAAGAGUGUGGAGAGUUGGAGCGUCUGGAAAAGCUUGCAAAUAAGUAUGAAAGGGGACAGAUUCAACCUGUUGAUUGGCUGGACCGUCUUACCUUCAAGGCUAUGGAAAGAAUCAAGGAACGGGAAAGCUUGAAAAAUGGAAGCUCUCAUUUAUACUUAGUUGUUGACUUUUGUAGUUUUGAACAUCGAGUUGUUUUUCAGGAAUCAGGGGCCAAUUUCAUUUUACCAUCUCCAAUAGCUUCUUCAAAUGAAUUGGUCAUUGUGUGGGACCCAGAGGUGGGAAAGAUAAACCCCUCUGAGCACAAGCAACUGAAGCUGGCAAGGAGUUUAACUCGUGGUAUCAUUGACAGGGAUCUUAAGCCAAGCUCUAAUGAACGAAAGUCAAUACAAAGAAUUUUGAAAUAUCCACCUACAAGGGCUUUGAGCGGAGAUGAGAGGCAGCUCCUUUGGAAAUUUCGCUUUUCAUUGAUGUCUGAGAAGAGGGCCCUCACGAAAUUCCUUAGAUGUGUUGAAUGGAGUGAUGUUCAGGAAGCAAAGCAGGCAAUAGAACUUAUGGGCAAGUGGGAGACGAUUGAUGUCUGUGAUGCUCUAGAGCUUCUAUCACCUCUUUUUGAAAGUGAAGAGGUUCGUGCAUACGCUGUUAGCGUACUUGAAAGAGCUGAUGAUGAAGAGCUCCAAUGUUACUUGCUUCAACUAGUUCAGGCACUUCGAUUUGAACGCACUGAUAAAUCUCGCCUUUCUCAAUUCCUUGUGCAACGCUCUUUACGUAAUAUUGAAUUGGCUAGUUUUCUACGCUGGUUUGUUGCUGUGGAACUUCAUGAUCCUGCCUAUGCAAAACGGUUUUAUUCUACCUAUGAGUUCCUAGAAGAAAAUAUGAUGAAGUUGACAGCUGGUGUAAAUGGAGAAGAAGAUGGAUUUAAGAUGUGGCAGAGUUUAGUACGUCAGACAGAAUUGACAGCCCAGUUGUGUUCUAUAAUGAGAGAUGUGAGAAAUGUGCGUGGCAAUACACAGAAGAAAAUUGAAAAGCUUAGACAGCUUCUUUCUGGUCUUCUUAGUGAACUUACUUAUUUUGAUGAGCCAAUUCGGUCACCCCUGGCUCCAAAUGUCCUUAUCACUGGAAUUGUGCCUUCAGAGUCGUCAAUAUUCAAAAGCGCACUGCAUCCUUUGCGACUGACUUUCCGAACUGCUAACGGUGGACAAUGCAAGGUCAUAUUUAAGAAGGGUGAUGAUAUUCGGCAAGACCAAUUGGUUAUUCAAAUGGUAUCUCUUAUGGAUAGAUUACUCAAGUUGGAAAAUCUUGACCUGCACUUAACUCCAUAUAAGGUGCUGGCAACUGGACAAGAUGAGGGCAUGUUGGAAUUCAUACCAUCCCGUUCUUUGGCACAGAUUAUUUCAGAGCAUCGUAGCAUUAUAAGCUAUCUGCAGAAAUUUCAUCCUGAUGAACAUGGACCAUUUGGAAUUACAGCUAUCUGUCUUGAAACCUUUAUAAAAAGCUGUGCUGGCUAUUCUGUUAUCACAUAUAUACUGGGAAUUGGAGACAGACACCUCGACAAUCUUCUGCUUAGGGAUGAUGGACGCCUUUUCCAUGUUGAUUUUGGUUUUAUUCUUGGCCGAGAUCCUAAACCAUUUCCACCACCAAUGAAACUUUGCAAAGAAAUGGUUGAAGCUAUGGGUGGAGCAGAGAGCCAGUAUUAUACAAGGUUCAAAUCCUAUUGUUGUGAAGCAUACAACAUUCUUCGCAAAUCUAGCAACCUUAUUUUAAAUCUUUUCCAUCUUAUGGCCGGUUCCAACAUUCCUGACAUAGCAUGUGACCCUGAAAAGGGCAUCCUUAAGCUCCAGGAGAAAUUUCGGUUGGACUUGGAUGAUGAGGCCUGCAUACACUUCUUCCAAGAUCUUAUCAAUGAGAGUGUUAGUGCCUUGUUUCCUCAAAUGGUUGAGACUAUUCAUCGGUGGGCUCAAUACUGGCGCUGAUCCUCAUAAACAAGUUUGGGAUGUUCACUGGCUUUUGUAAAUACAAUGGUCAAUGGUAUAUUUAGCUUGCCUCCCCUGGACUCUCUCCCCACUUGGGACUCAAACCCUUCAAUAUUUUGAGGUUUUGCGUGUUAUGGCAAACAGAUUCCACAGUAGAUGAAGCUGACUGGGCCAAAAAUCACUCACAAGAUCUGAUAGGUUUUCCAACAGCCGCUGUGCUUUUUUAGACAAUACUCUGGAUUUUAUAACAAGGCUCUUUGCGACAGCUAUUGAGGAUGUAAACCUGAUCUGCAAUUGUGAAUGAUAGUAAAUAUAUUCUUUUUCUGGCCGUGUCAUUGGAUAUAGGUUUGAACCUCAUGGGUGGGUGUACUGCAUGGUUUCGUUUCAACCAGCUAUAUGUAUGAUGAUUCCCACGUGGAUCACCACCUGCAUGGCAGCAAACUGUGAUAGUAAUUGUGUGCCCAGGAUGCCCUAGCUUUCAGAUGCUCCUCACUCCAAGACGUGGGCUUGGAAGAUAUUCCUUUUGGGGUGUUAUUCACUGUACAUAAGGGCGUAUCGAUUAAUUAUUUACUUGUGGUCGCUUUUCUUUCCCUUAUUAAUUAAUAGUUACAUAUUGGUCUCCUCAAAUGAUGGGAUAUGAAUAUGGCUUGGUGUUGUGGUUUUGAAUCUUUAGAAGCCUUCUACCA